CGUGACCCUCCUACACAGCUGCCUGCCUGCUGCACAUUAUAUAAAGAGAGGGGAGGAAAGAGCUAAUAUUACUGUCACACACAAGAAAAAGAAUGAAGGUGACGCUCCUCUUGCUCACACUUGGGCUCCUGGCAGGGGCCCAGGCCAGAUCUCUCUUCCGAGAUGCCCCAAAGACAAAAUGGGAAUCCGCCCUGGAUAGUUUCUGGCUAACAGUCAACAAAAUGGAGGCGGCAGCCGACGAGACUAGAGCCCAAAUGAAGGAUUCACCUAUCACUAAAGAGUUGGAUGGCCUUAUCAAAGACACAAUGGAGGAACUGAGCAAUUAUGCAGAAGACUUGAAAAGUAAGGUGAGCCCCAUGGCCCAGGAUGCACAGCAGCGUUUUACUGAGGAGAUCUCUGCGUUGUCGGAUAACCUCAAGUCUGAUAUGGAGGACACAAAGAAUAAAGCCAUUCAGUACUCAGGAGACCUGCGCAUGAUGUUCGAUCAGAACAUUGAGGAUGUCCAAGGCAAGGUGAACAUAUACAUGAAGAAACUGAAGAAACGCAUUAGUAAAGAUAGUGAGGAUUUAAAAAAGAAGCUCAGCCAGUAUGGAGAUGACUUCCGUAAGAGUACUGAAGACAAAGUGGAAAAUGUCCGUAAAGCCAUUGAGCCUUACGUGUCCAACGUGAAGGAUAAAGGACAGCAGAGGCUAAUGACCAUGAAGGAUGCCAUGGAUGAGCAAGGGAAACAACUCAGAGACCAAUUUCACUCUGUAGUCAAAGACGCCCAAGCUAAAAUGAAGAAAGCAGCCUCUGAUGUGAAAAGCAGUGUGGAUAAACUAGGGGAACAGUUUCGUAAAUGGUUCAACCCCAACGUAGAAAGCCUGCGCAAUCAGCUUCAAGUCAUGGCUAAGAACCUUCAGCCUCCCAAGGCCAACAAAUAAACGAGAGAGCUAAUAUCUCUCCUUGCUUCUCACUUGUAACAGACAGCUGCUACUUUGACCAUAAGAUUGCACCCUGAGGUGGAGCAGGACAUAAAGGAUCCGACAAGUCUAAACAUCUUGCCUCUCCCAUCCGUAGCUACAUCACAUUAUAUUUCUCAUUUGCUCAAGCUCAUUAAUUUGAGCUCUGACAUUAACAACACGCACAAAUUAGAGUUGAACGAUUCAAGGGAAGGGAACUUUCAGUAUUAAAGGUGCAUUUAACCUAAGGGCUAGCCUUUAAUUAUAGCACUAACUACCCUCAGCAUUAUCUCCUGCACUAAACAUGCCAUGCGUGCUACAUAUCUCCAACAGACUGCCCUGCCUGAACAAGAACCAACAUAACUUAGGCAAAGAGUAAUUGACAGAAAAACUGUGACAUUUGUUUUGAGCAUCUUUUCCAUCUGAAAUACAGGCCCUGAGGGCAAACAGUAAACUAGGCCAUGCAAGGAACCCCUUGUAGCAAACAGCUGGGCUCUUGAACAAGAGUGUUCGUGGAUGUCUGUAUCUCAACAUACUAAAUAUCCAUAUUAUUCCACCUUUAUCUUGCUUUAUUUUGCUCACCAUUUAAUUACAGCAGCUAUUUCCAAUCUCUGUUUCCAGGUCUUGAAGAUGCAGAGCCCUAUGAUGGGCAGUGCUGGUGUCUCUAAAAGUCUGAUUAUACACUUCCCUUUAUAAGCCUAAAAUAACGACGUGCCUUCAUUUGAUUUCUGCUGUAUAUCCUGCCUACCCUACUUUAUAAAGUACCUCUGUGCUGUAAUAUAUAUAUGUUAUUUCAAUGCAAUUUUUAUCCAAAUAAAAACAAUAAAUAAAAUACA